AUGCCUACCAACAAUCAGAACCCUGGCAACUUUGCCAACCGCCCCCAUGAGGAGGUUGAGAACAUUGCCCGCAAGGGAGGCCAGUCCAGCCACCAGGGUGGUUUCGCCAGCAUGGAUCCCCAGAAGCAGAAAGAGAUCGCUUCCAAGGGUGGCCAUGCUUCCAGCGGCAGCUUCCAGCCUGGUGACCCUCGUGCCCGUGAGGCCGGCCGCAAGGGUGGCUCUCACUCCAACGCCGAUGCUCCUGAGGAGUGA